AUGAGUUGUGUCCUUGGUCACGUGGCGACUCUGUCACGUGCGACAUUUAGGAAGAUUAGAUGGUUUGGAUUCCUUGAUCCAACUGGUGACAAAAUCUUGCUUGGAUGUUAUAACCGUCCUGCUAACCUCAGUUUUGAGGUAUCCUCCACAAUGGGUCCAAAAAUUACACAUUUUGGACAGGAAUUUGAUUCAGUUUCUACUAAAUUUGAUGAUGAAGCAAGUUAUGCUCAUAUGGACAACGCCAUAACUGUAAUCAGCGACCAGCUGCCCGUGAAGAUAAAUUGGUUAGCAACAAACUUAAAUUGGGUCUAA